AUGCCAAUCCCCGCCCCUCCCCCCGGGGACAUCGCCCCCUCCACCCCAGCUACACCGCCGCAACGGACCACCAUCCUAGGACGUCACGUCGCUCUCGAACCCAUCUCGCCAGCCCACUCACCCAGCCUCUUUGCAAACCUGGGUGGUGAAUCCAACGCCUCACUGUGGACCUACAUCCCCGGCGCUGAAGCGCCUGCUACCCAGGAAGAGAUGGACGCCAUGGUGAGCGGGUGGGUUGCCUCGUCUGAUCCACACUUCUACGCCGUCGUGGUGGAUGGCGAGGCUCUCGGCACGCUGGCGUACCUGGCCAUCGUCCCUGACCAUCGACGCAUAGAGCUCGGCUUCGUCGUGCUGGGGACGAAGCUGCAGAAGACAAGGGCUGCCACGGAGGCCUUCUACCUGAUCCUCAGACAACCCUUUGAGCAGUGGGGUUAUGACAGGCUCGAGUGGAAGGCCAAUUCAUUCAACAAGCCGAGUCUGGCUGCUGCCGGAAGGCUGGGCUUUGUCUACGAGGGGACCUUCAGAAAACACAUCAUCACAAAAGGUCAUCGACGUGAUACAGUUUGGUUCAGCAUCACAGAUGACGAGUGGCCUCUUGUUAAAAAGGGUCUGGUGUCGUGGCUUGAUGACGCCAACUUUGAUGAUGAGGGAAGGCAGAGGCGUAGUCUGAAAGAGUACAGGUCUUGA